UAAAUCCUUCAAUUUUUGGAAACUCAAAACGUGAUUUUUCCUUCUUAGUACUUUAGUAGUUUUCUUUAAUUUAGAAUUUUGACAUUUAUGCAACUUUUUAUGUACUCAAACGACAUUAUAUUGGUUGAGAAUUCAAUCCAAUUCAAUCUAAUCCAUGCCAAAAAAAUUGAACAAGAUUUUAUAUUGGGAUGAUUUAAAUAACAAAUUGUUGAUAUGUAUUUGUUGCAAGUGCAGUCAGGAGGGCCCGAGUAUGAUGUCCCAUUGGGAAGGCGAGAUGGCCUCACUUUCGCAACGAGGAAUGCGACAUUGGACAACCUCCCGGCACCAACAAAUAAUGCCAGCGUCAUCCUUACCUCCCUCGCUAGGAAGAAGUUUGAUGCCACUGACGUCGUGGCCCUCUCCGGUGGCCAUACCAUUGGCCUCGGCCACUGCACUUCCUUCGAAAAUAGGCUCUACCCAACUCAAGACCCAACCAUGGAAACAGACUUUGCAAGUGACCUCAAAGUCAUAUGCCCAACGACAAACUCAACCAACACAACUGUGCUAGAUAUCAGGACCCCUAACCAAUUUGACAACAAGUACUAUGUCGAUCUCGUGCACCGGCAAGGCCUCUUCACCUCCGACCAAGACUUGUACACCGAUGAUAGGACUCACGACAUUGUUGAGAGCUUUGCUAAUGAUCAGAAUCUGUUUUUUGAAAAAUUCGUGUCCGCGAUGAUAAAGAUGGGCCAGUUGAGUGUGUUGACGGGUGGGAAAGGAGAGAUUCGCGCGAAUUGCUCAGUGAGGAAUUCGGAUAAUUUGGACUUGGUAUCUGUGGUUGAAGAGGAUUUGGAGACCGCGGCAGAGUUACGGUAAAACUAUAUAUCUAGAAAUAUUAUCCAGAAUUUUACUUGAUGUUUCUUGAUAAAAGUGUGGGUAAAAACUCUGAAUAUGUUGUUAUGUUUUUGUUGACUUAUUUUUGUCUUGUGUAGCUUGUUUUGUUUAGUACAAGAACUCUCUAAAUAAAUAGUUGGUCAUGUUGUAUAUGUGCUAAUUUGGUGUAAUGAUUACUAAGUGUUUGUCA